AUGGGAGCACUAAGCAGUCGGAUGCUCUGGGGCUGGAGGAGGCGUGCCCCAGGGCAGCCAGGCGCUGGUCGGGAGGAGGAGGACGCGGUGGCGGCAGCCAUGGCAGCGGUAGAUGAGGUGGCGGAGGAGAGUGAGGAGGCCAGACCCACUACCAGUCAGUUAGGCCUCAAGCGGAAGUCAGGCACAGGAGGGCCUCACGAAAAAAAGCCCCCCCGGAAGCGCGCCAAAGACAGUUCAGAGUCCGUUUACGAGGCACUCUUCAUCAGGGGGGAAGACAGCGAUGUGCAGAUCCGCGCUCUAGGGGAGGCGUGGAACUUGCACAGAGUCUACUUAUGCCAGUCAGGUUACUUCGCUAGCAUGUUCAGUGGUGCUUGGAGGGAAGCAACCAUGAAUACUAUAGAGAUGCAGAUGCCUGACGAGAACAUUGAUCGUGACGCACUUCACGAGGUUUUAGGCUCCCUGUACCAAGACUCGGUGUUCAUCCCACCCAGCCGAGUCCUCGCUAUCCUGGCCACCGCCAGCAUGCUGCAGCUAGACAAGCUAAUUCAGCAGUGUGAGGAAAUCAUGAAGGAGACUGUUAGCGCCCAGACCGUGUGCAGCUACUACUACUCUGCUGAGAGCUACGGCCUCCCAAACAUCAGGACCAUGUGCUUCCAGUGGCUGCUGGACAACCUGAUGACCCAGCCUAAUGAGCAGCUGUUGCGAGAAGUGAGCCUGGAUCUCAUGAAAGAGCUCAUCGCUUCUUCAGAGCUCCUGGUGAUGGAGGUGGAGAUGGACGUGUACACCAAGCUGAAAAUGUGGAUGUUCCUGCAACUGAAGCCCACAUGGAGGGGUUCCUGCAGAGCCUUAUUGCCAGACACCAACUCGUGGUUUGACAGGUCCAAGAGGUUGUCAGGGGGCACCCCUUUCCUGGAGACCCAGCAGGGCAGAGCCUUCGUGCCAGUGUUCCAGCAGCUGCGUCUGGCCUACAUAAUCUGCGACCUGUCGACAGCACGCACCAUCGACCACGAUGCAGUGAUCCCAGCUGCAUGGCUUAUCCCAGUGUACAGAGAGGAGUGGCUUGCCCUCCUCCAGGUUGAACAAAUCAGGGGCCUCAGGUCCAUUAACGUCAGUGUGUCUGCCCUCCAUGGGAACAGCAUGCGCUGUGGGGCCCAGCUCUGCAGGGAUGAGAUGUGCAGCUGGCGUUGGACCGGCUUCAACUUUGGCUGGGACCUGAUGGUGUCCUACACCAACCGUCGCAUCACUUUCUGGCGCAACGUGCUGAACAAAUGCGGCGGCCUCAGGGUCAGCCUACUCUGGCAGAGAAAGAUUGCAUUCCGCCUACGCUUGGCUUCCUUGGACAGGGCUGGAAAUGCUGUUUUCAGGAAGGACACAGAAUACCAGAUCCUUGCCCUGAGAAAGGACCAAGAGCUGGUGGUAGUGGACCUGCAGAACGAAGAUGUGGUCUUCCCCAUGUAUGUGUCCUGUAACUUCCUGUACCUGGGCAGACAGGGGCAUGGCCCACAGUGA